GUCAUAAAAGCCCAGACCACGUGCCCCAAUUUUCAGCCCUGGUUCUUACCUACGACCGGCUCGUUCCACGACGACCUCCAUUUCACCUCACCUGCAGAUCACAAAAGGGUACUCCUUCUCCCGUAUAAAAGCUUCCUCAUUUUACCCUAUCGCUCAGAUCCCCUGUGUUCACAACCAUGAUGGCAGAGAAAACAGACGCGCCCACCUCUUCCUCCACUGACGCCGGCUCGGGCCCCCGUGCCACUGACGGAGCCUCGGCACCAAAGGCAAUCAUCAAGAAUGUGGACAUGAGCGAGGAGAUGCAGCAGGAGAGUGUGGACAUCGCGUCGGCGGCACUCGAGAAGUACAACAUCGAGAAAGAUAUUGCCGCCCAGAUCAAGAAAGAGUUUGAUAGAAGACACGGUCCUACAUGGCACGUCGUCGUUGGGAAGAACUUUGGGAGCUAUGUUACACAUGAAACCAAACAUUUCAUCUAUUUCUACGUUGGCUCGCUCGCUAUCCUCAUCUGGAAGUCAUAAAGAGCCAGUCGUGCGAUGUGGUGGCACUCCGGGGUGGUGCGGCGGUGAGGGGGGUUUAUCGCUGUGUAAUUGGAGUGGUAGAACGAACAUUGCAGACCUACGCUAGCUAUCCGUUUAGUAGUCGACGGUACAUAUUCUGUUUUCUUGUCUGUUCAUGUUGUUG